GAGAAAGAUAGGUGAUUUGUGAGUGCGGAUAGACCAGCCCAACAAGACCAAAAGCUGGAGGAGGAAAAAAAAUGAUAUAUAUAAACAACCACUCAAAAAAAAAUGAAAAUUCAAAAACCAUCUUGUUAUUGAUGACCUGAUGAUGUUACAGAUUGCACAGAUCGACUAGAUUUCAGCUUUUUAAUACUUAGUUGUUAGUGUGCUAAUUCUGCAUUGGGUGUAGGUUACUGAAUUCUUGCAGAUCACUUAAGGCUUUCUCCAAAUUGACAUUUUUAAUUUGAUUAUGAGCAGGGAAAUUGGGUUGUUAUGCAUUAUGAACAGAGUGUAGAGAAGGCCAUGGGGAAGAUGGCAUUGGAUCCAGAGGAAUCUUACCCUGAGAGAGUGGAUGAGCCUGAUUGUGCAUAUUACAUGAGGACAGGUCUUUGUGGGUAUGGCUCCAAUUGUCGUUUCAACCAUCCUCCUCACAUGAAACAGGCUAAUUCCGGUAAAGGAGAAUUCCCUGAGAGAGUUGGACAACCGGAAUGCCAGUAUUAUCUUAAGACAGGAACUUGUAAGUUUGGCGCAUCAUGCAAAUAUCAUCAUCCACGUGACAGGAACACAUUAGGAGGACAAGUACCGAUGAAUUAUUUAGGUCUUCCUAUGCGUCAGGGAGAAAAAGACUGUGCUUAUUACAUGCGCACUGGAACCUGCAAAUUUGGAGCCCAAUGCAAGUUUCAUCAUCCACAGCUCACAGCAUUAGUACCUGUUUCAGGCUAUGCAAGUGCAGGGUCACCUACAACACCUGCUUCGCCGUUUCAUCCAGGGAUUCUGUCUUGGCCUCUACAAAGGACACCUUAUGUUGCCAGUCCCCGGUUGCAAGGAUCUCCAGCUUAUAUGCCUGUCAUUUUCUCGCCUUCCCAAGCUAUGUUGUCAAUGCCAAAUUGGAACAACUACCAAGGUACUGUAAGUCCCUUGCUCUCUCCAGAACGACAACAACCCAUAGGAACAGGAAAUUCAUAUAACUCAACACAACAGAUAGAGUCACCUGCUAGCAGCAUGCAAGGUGUUGUUUCUCCGUUUGUACAAGCAGGAGCUCAGCAUUCUGUUGGACAGAGGGAAGCAUUCCCAGAAAGACAUGGCCAACCAGAUUGCCAAUAUUACAUGAAAACAGGGGACUGUAAGUUUGGAACUACCUGCAGAUAUCACCAUCCUAAGGAAAGGAUUGCACAUUCACCAACAUGCAUUCUUAGUCCGAUGGGACUUCCUCUGAGGCCUGACCAACCAGCAUGCCCAUUUUAUGCUCGGUAUGGCAUCUGUAAGUUUGGACCCACUUGCAAGUUUGAUCAUCCACCAUUGGUAGCCCAAGAGCAAAUUUACAGUCCGUCAUCUUCUUCACUUUCUGAACAACCAUACCUGAGAGUUGGUUCCCAAACAACUCUUGGUCGUUCCAGUUCUGCAGAAAAUUCCCAAGCAGUAUUGACAAGAAAAGAUAAUCCUUCAAAAUCGGAAGAGCCAAAGAGCUUCAAGAAUCUUCCUUCUACUAAUGGUUCUGUGGAUAUAAAGGAAGCAGAUGCUUCGAAUUCUGGUUCUGCUGUUUUAUCUGAAUCUGCAGAGAGUUUUUCAAGCUAAACUAGAUUUUUUUUGGUUUGCAUUGGUUGCGGGGACUGCUAGUUGGAGCUGGAAUCUUCAGCUGAGUGUGAAAAAACAAAAUUACAGUUGCAUGGAUGAUGCAACAUUUGAGCAUCCAAAAAAUUUUAAACCCAAAUGAUUCAUGUGUUUCAUUAAAUUACUCAUUGCAAGGUGCAAGCAAAUAAAGCCAUUAACAUAAGCCAUGAAGCCUACAUGGCUUUGUUAGCAUUUUACAGGACUUUGCCUGUAAAACACUAUCAUGUGGAAUAAUCAUGAGAACAGACGAAUGAAUUCUCUGACAUUUACUUUGGGAAGUAUCCAUUCACGGGUUAAAGUUUGUUUCUUAAUAGAUCUGAAUUUUUGUCAUCUUUUCUGGAAGCAUCACACUUUCCAGGUUGGUAAAUGUUUCUUGGGGUGUAGUGCAUUUUUUUUCGGAAGAAAUUUUCCCAGGGUGAGCAUUUUUGAAGAACAGGAGAAAACAAGUUAGUCAUAGGAUGUCAAAUGAAUUUGAAGGCAUCAAAUAAAUCUAAUGAAGAAUGCAGUUCAUGAGCAGCUGGUGGGCACUAUUUAAGGAUGCCUUUUCUUGUUGCAGUGCAGUUUUUUUUUGUCUAUUGUCAGAGAUUAUCUUCAUCAUAAGAUGGUAUGUAAGCUGAUCUUUAAUGGAAUAUUGACAAUUGUUGUUUGAAUGGUCAUAUUUUAACAUGCAUUUUCAGUUCGAAAAUGCCCAAUAAGCUCUUUUGAAUGGAGUUUAUCAAUC